CAUGGUGUAGGUGUACAUGGUAUAUUGGAUGGGAUCGGUUCGUGGACUUCGGUAUGUUGAGGGAUGUUACUCUUCUGCACUCAUGACAAUAUAAGAGACGCCGGGAUCACUUCUCUCUCCACUCCUCCUCGUAUUGUGGGAGUGAGGUCAUGUGUGGGAUUGUGGCCUGGCUGACACAUUCUUCUCCACCAAUUUCAUGACAACCAUUAGGUGAAAGUGGGGCAAGAGUACUCAUAGAUUGACCCAGAGCCUAACACUCAGGUGCCGAAUGGCCUUGUGGAUGUGUGGAAUUUGAGGGGGAGGUUCUGUCUGGAUAGUUCAUAUUGUCUGUGACAUUGAUAGGAUCAUUGAUUACCGGUGCACUUUGUAGUAGGACCUGGACUGUGUACACAGGGUCUAGGAGUUUACCUGGGUCGUCAAGUUGAGGACAUACUCAGGUUGUCCCAGACAAGCAGCCAUGCUGAUGCUGUGUCGCGAUGCGAGCCAUAUUCUGAAGUGAAGAUGAAAGGGAGAAUAGAAACAUGUGGCUGUGCAUAAACCACUGCUUCAAGUCCCACUAAAUCAAGGAAUACCCUUUCACUAGGAACGUUCAAAUCUAACCAUGGAUGAAAAGAGGGUGGUGGACUACUUUGUGGUGGCUGGCCUCCCCAGCAAUCCUCUCCCCUUGGAAGAAUUCACCAACGAGGCAGCCAUCAAACCCUCCUUCAAACAAGACCCUAUCACUGAAAUUGCAGUCAUCAACCGCAGUCUGGGUGAAAAGAUCCCCAAGGGAUUCUCCUGCAUCGAGAGGACUCCGUCUGGGUUCCCCGCUGACCUGAACCAUGGUUCUAUACGCUGCCCUGAAAUGUUCCUUUGCUACAGGCGGAGUCGGGAGAAGCCACCUUUAACUGACCUAGGGGUGCUUUAUGAGGGGAAGGAGAAGGUCCUACAGGGGUGUGAGGUGGUCCACACGACCGCCUUCGGUCACCCUGCCAACGUCAACAACAGCAGCAACAACAGGACGUACAUCACAUUCCGUCGCGCAUCCAAUGCUGCAUCCAGUGAUACCUUGGCUGUCAUGGAUAUAUGUGUCAUUCUCAUCAAUAAGGGUGAAGAUCCUCCUUUAGCAUUCAACAGAAUCAACAAGAACUUGAACAAAGGAAUGGUGGGCUCAGAUGUAUUUCUCUGCUACAAGAAAGCUAUGAACAAAGUGGAUCUCCUUGCUUACAAACCAGGCAUCAUUGACAGGUAUCCGAUGUAUGACCAGGACACAUAUCAACUGCCAGAGCAGGUGCCCAUGUUCUGCCUGCCUAUGGGAGCCACCAUUGAGUGCUGGCCAGCCAAUGCCCAGCACCCCCUGCCUGUGUUUUCCACCUUCAUCUUGACCAUACCAAAUGGGGAGAAGGAUGACCAAAUGGAUACAAUAUGUAAGGUUUUUGGGGCAGCUGUUACAUUUUACGAAGAGUACCAUGAAGAUAAACUCUCUGAUCUCCAAAUGCGUCACUUGGGUCUGAAGAACAAACAUAUCCGGGAGCAGUACCGCAUCCUCAAGACAGUCCAUGCCAACAAGAGCAUCUGUUUGCUGUCUCGCUGGCCAUUCUUCGAUGCUUUCAAGAAGUUCCUGUCCUACCUGUACAAGAUCUCUAUCACAGGCCCCCACACCGUGCCCAUAGAAAGACACAUCUCCCACUUCAUGUAUGACGUCCCCUAUCCCUCCCCACAGAGGCCUCGCAUUCUGGUACAGUUAAACCAUGAAGCUUUGUCACUCUGUAUGCCCGAGGACUCGCCACUCCCACAGAGUGGUGCGUCUUUCAUCACGCUGCUGAAGAACAUGGGGCCGGAGAACUGCAUGAGCAUCCUGGGAUACAUCCUGCUGGAGCACAAGAUCCUCAUCCACUCCCUCCGCCCCGCUGUCCUCACGGGCGUCGCAGAGGCUGUGUCAACUAUGAUCUUCCCUUUCCACUGGCAGUGUCCAUACAUCCCCCUCUGCCCCCUGGGCCUGUCAGAGGUGCUUAGUGCCCCCUGUCCAUUCAUCGUAGGAAUAGAUUCUCGGUACUUUGACCUCUACGAUCCCCCAUCUGAUGUCAUCUGUGUUGACCUUGACACCAACAGAAUAUGGAUGCCGGAAGACAGAAAGACGUUAAACUACAAACUGCUUCCUAAGAAAGCGGCACGGGUCCUGUUGGAGACGCUCCACAGUCUGUUUGACGUGAUCACGCUGCACCCAGACCAGGCUCACACCACUGACGAGGUGUCUCUGGAAAUGGCUCCCAUUGAUCACGACUUUAAGUGGAAGAAGAAAGAGAUGCAGAUGGAGCUGCAGAUACAGGAAGCCUUUCUGCGGUUUAUGGCAUGUUUGCUCAAAGACUACAAGAACUACCUCAACCCUAUCCUGAACAAGCCCACCCUCUCGGCCACCGACGCAUCCUGCCUCUUUGACAUGCAGAACUUCCAGAAGAGUCGAGACAAAGCCUAUGCCAAGUUCUUCCAUCAGAUGAUGAAAACACAGAUGUUCUUCCGAUUCAUCGAAGAGAGGUCCUUCGUGUCUGACAAAGAUGCCAGCCUUACUUUCUUUGAUGAAUGUGCUGAGAAGGUUGUCGAGACCAGUGGUGAUCCGAAGCUGAUAGAAAUUGAAAGUUCUCACACAAGUGAACGUACAGUGUUCAUCAUGCCUCCGGAACCAGUUGGUUUACCUGAGGGUGUCAAGUACAGUUACAAUGGCUUCCCAGCAUUGAAGCCUGAGCUGUUUCUCACCAAGAAGCCCUCCACGCUGUCACUGCCAGGCAAACAAUCCCUCUGCCCCAACAGCCCCUUGGCACGCAGAACCAAGCAGGAGAUUCGAUCAGCACAAAAGAUCGCACAGCAGCACAUCACUAAUCCUCACAGAUGGGCAAAAUGUUUGGCAGCCAACUGUUAUAGUCUGUGGUUCAUCAACCUGCCAGCGUUUGUCACCAUCAACCAGAGCAAGGAGGAGUCUUUCAGGAUAGCCUUUGCGGUGCUCAGGAAGAUGGGGCAGUCAAAGCUUAUCUCUCCUGAUGAGGUGUGCUACCGAAUCCUCAUGCAGCUGUGUGGACAGUACAAUGAACCCUUCCUUGCCAUCAAGGUGUUCCUGGCAAUGAAGAAGCAUGGUGUCCAGCCCAAUGCCAUCACCUACGGCUACUACAACAAGUUGAUUCUUGAAGCCAAGUGGCCGACACACAUCAAUAAGGGACGACUUCUAUGGACAAAGAUCCGCAACGUUAUAAUUGGCGUUGCCCAAUUCCGGCGAGCCAUCCGUCGCCGUAGUUUGUCAAUCUGCUCCAACUCGGGCAGUGAGUUUGAUCAGAUUAGCAGAACCAGCGUCGACAGCUACUUUCAGGAGGAGGUUCUUCAAGACCCGUCCACCAAGUCCGAGAUUGUUGUCAGCGAUGGCGCCAAUGGCAAUGGAGAUACUGCUGCAGUAGUCAAGGCCAACAUCGAGGAGCGACUCAGUACAGGUGGUGUGUCAGACAGGGGCUAUAACUCCAUGACACAGGAGGAUGUGAAGAGGUUGUCGCGGAUCCUAAGUAGUGUGGAUGAGACUGACACAUCCACUAAAACAAAGUCGGAACCGGAGAGGAGGAAGAGUGAAGGCAGGAACCCACUGAGACUCAGCUUCAGGAAGAAGGUCUCGAGGACGCAGUCUAUGACACAUGGGCGAGGUGAUGCGUCAAACAGCUUUGCUGGUGAUCACCAGCCUCGUCGCAGACUGGGCAGUAUUGUUCGGAAGUCUCUGGGCAGCCGGGGCAGCUUCGGCAGCUUCGAAACCCUCAAGGAUAACAUACUUGGUAAUUCUGCUGGGCUGCUGAUGGUGAGCCAAAGUUCUUUGGAACAGCGAGCAUUAAAUAGAGAAGAUCUCGAAAGUAUUGCAGACAAGCAACGCAAACGUCACAAAAGUGCAGGAGAGUACCAAGGCAAAGGUCGUUCCAACAGUUUGUUUGCCAGCUGGCGUCCACGUCCCCUGACUGGUGAUGGGGAAGUGUCCAUGCGCUUCUCGGAGCUUGUGUUGAAGGAUAAGGCUAGUGAAGUGCUUAAGGGGGACACGCCGGUCUUCAUGGGUGUCAAGGAGGAGGAUGUGAAGGACAGUGGGGUAGAACUGGAUGAAAAUGUUCAGACUGGCAGUGAUGGGGAAGACAGUCAAACAAGUAAAGGCAGUCAAGCCAAAUCUGACCCUGAGUGCAAUUAUUCUGUUCCAUUGACUAUUAAUGUAGAAAUGGUGAAUGGAUGUGGUGAAGAGGCCACUCCCACAGCCCCGAGUCCGAGUCCAUCUCAAGGAACGGGGACACCAGUCACCGAAAAUGACCCCCUUGGACACUUCAAAGAUCCAAAUGGUGCUUCAGAGGUUUCCCUGAUGAACAAGAAGGGAGACAACUCUGUAACAUCUCCUGAGAGUAGGUCAUUCCUCUGUAGUACACCAUUUGCAACUAUAGAUGAAAACAAACGGACAUCAGAAAGUGAAGAUUUGUGUUCUGAGUGCAAUAUUGGGAAAAGUAAUGGUCUGGACAGUGAUAUGCCAUUCAAUAAUGUGAGCGCGGCAUCAGGACCGGUUAAGAAACUGAGUGAUGUAGGAAGGACUAGUAGUUCCCCAGAUUGCCUUGGGGAAGCCGAGAGGAAAGUUAGAACCAUGCCGGGGAAAAGUCAAAGUGUUCAGGAAGACCCUCCAAUUAAUUCUUCAUUAUCAUUAAAUGAAACUCCAGAAAAGCGAUCCAGGCCAACAGAUUUUGUGUUAAGGAGGACACAGAGUUUGAGAAAAACAAAUGAAGUCAUUGGUGGUGCUCUGAGGUUUGCAGCCAAGGCAGCUUUCAGUAAAUUCAAUGAGUUGAAGCAGUCUAUCACAACACCCAGCAAAACUGGGUCCAACACAUCUCUUGCCAAGUCUCUAGAGGAACGGGACAGUGGCACAGGAGACGAUGAGAGCGGAAGUACCGUUCAUGAGCGAAGGUUCGGAGGCAGUCAGGAUUUACUCAGUCGAGACAGCAGCUCUGAUAGCAUGAACCAGAAGACCCAGCUGUCAUUUGGUAGUGCCCCUUCUCCAUCCUCCAUGGAUAAGUACACGCCGAUGAUGCAGGACAUCAGCAGUGACAGCCUAAAGUCUACAUCCCCGCUGGAGAAGAUCCUCGCGCCUCCUACCAACAUCGCCAUGGAGGUGGAGAUCAGCAGCUGUUCCCGGUGCACCCGUUGUCAUUGUCUUGUGUAUGACGAGGAAAUAAUGGCAGGCUGGUUUGCAGAUGAUUCCAAUCUCAACACCAGUUGCCAUUUCUGUCCAGCCAAAUUUGUUCCACAUCUUCAGAUAUAUGUUAAGGACUGGCGAGGUACAGGGAAAUGUCCUGUUGUGAAAGAUAUGUCUAAUCCAAUGGGAGAUCUCACAUGUAGUUCCGACGGUCAUCUCAAGCCUCCAGACUCUGUCGAGAGGCAGCUAAGCUCAAACUCUUCCUUAUCCAGUUGUGACAUCCCUCCUAUGAUCGGUGAAGGCAUGGAGCUGGAUGGUCCACUCACCCCUAGUCCUAUAACUAGUCCUGAUAACAGAGCAGACAGUCCAGUAGAGGAUGCUGCUCCUAAACGCCAGCUCAAGUCCAUGAGUCCGUCUGUUAAAGAUCCAGCAUUCUUUGAUGCUGCUAUUGAAGCCAGACGGCGCACAACCAGUGAAUGUCUGACACACGCAACUGAUAACACCUCGUUUGGUUCCUCGCUGGAGUCAGUAGAUGGGUUCACUCGGCAGAUGAGGUCCCCACUGAGCAUCUCCAUAGGUGAAGAGGAGGAACUGCCGACAUUACCCUCUGCAGUUCCUGAAAUGAAGAAGGACUUCAUGGCAAGAUCUGCGUGUUCCAUCCCGCCGAUCGUGGUGCCGUACCUGAGUCCCCUGGUGCUGCGGAAGGAGCUGGAGUAUGUGCUGGAGCACGAGGGAGACCAGGGUCUGAUGGCCGACACAUUCGUAGAUGAGCAUCCCAUCAUCUUCUGGAACUUGAUAUGGUACUUCCGACGUCUGGAAGUCCCUAGUCAUCUGCCGGGACUGCUCCUGACUGCCAAAACCAUCACCAAACCAUCUGGGGGGAUGAAGCAUGACUCCCUGUAUGACAGACGGCACGUGCUGAUCCGCCCGAUGUGGGACAACACCCGCAUACACGACGAGAUGGGGCUGCCCAUGUACACAGCCUGGAACGCAGGUCAUCGGUCUACCGUGGUGGAUGCUCUCGUCACAGAAUCCCAACCAUUCAGUCGAGCACAAAUGCACCAGAUCAUCUCCAGUAUUCAGUGCAAUGAUGUUCUGUCACCAAUCAAGCUUAUUAUGAACAACAGACGACGACAUCGGCAGAAAAAACACCAGUUCCGGAGUCUGUACAGAGAGAUUCUCUUUUUAGCCUUCAUUGCAUGUGGCAGAGAAAACAUUGAUCAUGAUGCGUUUGAUCGUGAGUUUUCCCUGGCAUUUGACAAGUUGAACCCUGCAGAUGUGAGAAGACUUCAGAAUGAUGACAAACCUCGAGGCGAGGGGGUCAUCUGGUGCCGAAAGGCCUUCGGGGAGCUUGAGGUGUGAUAUUGCCCUUGCUUCAACAGAUAAAUCCAACAGAGGACAAUGUUAUAACAUAAACAGAGGAAGUGGGAUAUUGCCAAUAUGUUGCAGUAUAGGAGUAUGGAAUAAUAGUGAUAUGACACAUUUGUAAUAUUAUAGAGAAAACAACACUUCUCCCAAAGCAAUAGUACUGUGCGGUGAAUUCGGGAGGAUUAUGUGACCGAAGUGUGGAACCCUUGUCCGACUCAUCCUUUAGAAUAUACGAGAAAUGUUGGUCUCAUAUUUUUGACUGUGACACUAGAGGGCUGAACAGCCACAGUGACUUGUGUUGCAGGAUAUUCAACUAGACUGUGUUAUUCUUGUGCUAUUUCUCACAAUUUGUUUCCUGGAAACAAUGCACACGACUUACAUUGAUUUGUUAUUCUUCAUCAUUCCAUCGGUUUUAUAAUGAACGUUUUUUCUGUGGGAUUUAACUUGAUCAUGGUUGAGUUUUUUGUUUGACUUUUUACUGUGUACUAUAUCAUGGUGGGCUCCUCCAUGGGUGGGUUUCAUGCCAACGAGUCACUUUCUUGACAUUCAACUUCUUUAUCAGUGUUGGCUUUGUCUUCACUUUGGUUUCAUAUUUGAAAGGUAAAUCCUUUUGUGAAACCUUAAACCUUCGGUUUUCAUAGGUUGUCAGUUUAUUAACAAACUUCUUAUGUGUUUAGUUUAUUGAUGAUUCUGAUGUAUGUGUGGCCCACUUUGAAAUAACUGUCUGACUUUGAGAUCAUAGCUGUUUUUCUUUGAUCUUCAGUUCUACUUGUGUGUUGUUUUGUUUAGCUAGGACGUUUUACUUCAAUUUUCUUGCAGUACUUGGUAUCUCCACCUCAUUGCAGUCAUACUUCUACUUGUUAGCCUUCUGCUUCCUACCUUUUGAAGGAGGCAUGGCGCUUCUUUGUGGCUGUGUUUCAUCUCCCAGCCGGGUCAAAGUUUAGGAGGAUAGUGUAAUGAACGUGGUUCCUGUUUUAAGAGCAGACAAAUAUGAAGAUAAUAUUAUUUUCUGGGGUAUAAUUAAAGUAGGAUGGAGAAAGAUAUCAUAGGUUGACAGCAUUAGAAAUUGGCACUAGUCUUGUCCUAUAGUCCUUGCCAAACUGCCCAAUAUAGUUAAGGCAUCAAUUACUAGUAGAAAGUUCUCCUUUUUAGGGUUUUGCUACAUGUUAUCAUUAUGAGGAGUAGUAGACUUUUACUGUCAGUUUGUAUCGCUUGGUUGCUUACAUCACUGAUUCAGAAGUGGACAGAACUGAACUCUGCAUAAUUAAGUAGGUUUUUUUUGCUUUGAUCUCAUAGUCUUGGCUUCUGGAAAUAACCCCAAACCUGGGAGAUAUGCACCUUGAUGCUGUUCCUAUGGCACGUAGUACAGAUGUGUUGUGCUGUCAAUUUACAUGUCUCGUUUGGAAUUUUUGAGUUCUUCAUCAGGUACAGUUGGGGAUAUAGAUAUAAACAAAACUGAAGUAAGUUCAUAGUUAUCCAUAGGUGGUAUCACCAUUACUGUUUUCGUAGAUUUCUGCAAGGAAUCAUUUCUGUGUUUGACAUUGGCAGGGAACACUGACUGUGUAUGAGAUGUCAAAGUUGUAUCUUGGAGAUUAGGUAAUGGGAUUGUACGUUACAAGCAGUUGUAACACCUUCCUUAACCUGUAUAGAUUAAUCAGUAGGUUAUCAUCCUUCUGAACCAACUCAGUCAUCACAAUCUUUGAAAGAAAAUAAUAAUACAAUGCCUCCUUCCUUACUGUUUGGACAAGGUGAAUUAGUACUUGAGAUAAAUAGGAGCACAGGUAGCCCUGUUGUCGCUGUGUAUAAACUUAUGAUGGUGGGUUUGAAUCCCUGUUCACUCUGAAUAAUGUUCCUAGGUUUUUCAGCACCAUACUCAUGCUUGAGGGUUUUACCAAAGUGGUAAAUGUCUGAGGCCUGCAUCACUUUGGGCUUUACUCACACGCUGUGAUAUAACUGGAAUACUGUUCAGAGCAGUGUUAAGCCCAACUCACUCAUUAGGUAACUGUGAUGUUGUUUCCACUUGUAAUGGAGCUGAUGUCGCAGAAACAGAUACAGUUAUAUUUUAUUUGUUCAGUAACCCAUGUAGAUGCUGAAGUUGUCGCAUCAGCUGGUUCCUGCUUAUCACCUGGAGACUAGCAGCUCCAAUAUCUUGUGCUCUCUGCUGUGUGAUGUAUCUACUACACUCAGAUUCUGCCUGGUUAUAAAGAUAGGAACAUAUUAAGUAGUGGUGAUUCCCCCUGGUUAUUUAAAGAUGCAAGACUUUUGUCAAUGGACUAAACAUUUGAUAGAUUGUGCAGGUUAGAAAAAUCCAAGGCUUCACUGUAUUAUUAUACUGCACAGUGGUGGACCUUAAAAAUGACAUUUGAAGCCCCAAAUAAAUGCUUCUGCACAACUCCAGUCAGGUAGAGAUUAAGUAAUAUAUAUUAGGCAUUGUUGCUGAUCUUUUAUACACUGUUUCACUCACCAGUACUCGGAGAUGAGCUAUAGGCAAAGGAAACUGCUUCAUUAAUGUGUCCAUGCACGAUGAAGUGCUUCAAGUUGUGAUUUCCUCCCUGGUGCCUGUUGGUUCCCGUGAAGUUGUGUGUGAUCUCAACAUUGUCACACCGUCACACCAAGUUAGGUCGGACCGUAUCUCCCAAGGAAGAAUACUGCCACAGCCAUUGUUGAUUGUUACACAUUGUUGAUUGUAUCCAUUGUUAAUCUGCAUGUAGUCACGUUCUGUCUUAUGUUAAAAGCUUACAGCCCUAUACAUAGUGCUCACAAGGUUUGAGUUUGUAUAUACUUGCAAUUAGUCACUUGUAGUCCUUGCUGAGUUAUGAAGAACAGUAUUAUGUACAGAUGUAAAUAUGCCGGGAAUGAUAUCGACAUUCAUAUUGGAUUAUGUGAAACUGUCGAUUGAUUGGAGGGUAAACACAAAUAUGAUAUAUGAGUCCACAGGCACUUCAGAAAAUCUGAAAACCUUAUCCCAUAAGUUUCUUUGAUGUGAAUCAUGUUUUGGUAUUUGUGUGGAUGUGUUUUUGGAUGGCGAUGCCUGAGUUUGAAACUGGCCCGGAUCCUGUUCUACUCUGUGAGCUUAGAGUUACAAGUACUGUGAUGUUACACUGAGCUACGACAGUUGAGUGCAGAGAUCCUUUCUAGGCCAUUUUAGUCUAAAAGAAGGCACAGUAGCCUCUAGUUAUCUCAAAUCUUUUCAGUUUCUUGAAAAAUAUUAUUCCUGUCAAGUUAAACCUUGGUUUCGUGCUAUGUUCGUCCCUCGAUCAAUCUCAACACUGCUGUGUAAACUGUUCAUGCUUGUCCUCUUUGCUGCCAGAGUACCAGAGUUCCCUGUGAGAUGUGGCAGUUUUAAAAUAAAGAUUGCUUUGUGGGAGAGGCUUGGGCAUAGAUUAGUAUUAUGGAACUGUUUUAGCAUCUGUAAGAACAUUGAGCAGACAUGUUCACCCCACAGACCUCAUCACUGAUAUUUGUUAUUGGACAGUUAGUCCUAUGAAAUCAUUUUCAACUGGAGAUAAAAAGUUUGGCAUAUAGUUAAUAGAAUUUUUCACAGGACCUCAUUAACUUAAAGUCAAAUAACUCCAUAUAAAACUAUGCUUUGUUUCUGGAAUAAAACUCAUCAAUGUGAUCUAAUAUUGACCCAAAAUGAGGAUAACUUGUUCCAGUAAUGGACAUGGACUUAAGAGUUGAAGGAGUUUUUUUCGUCCUGGAAAGCAGCAGCUUAGCAUCAUUUCAAGUACAUCCAACAUCAUAAACGUUGUGGGCAACCGUUCAUUUUAUCCUUGUGUGAUUAAUUGAAUUGGAGAGCUGGUGAGACGUUUCUGACACAGAGUGUGACCAGACCUUGCUAUCUUGCAUGGUAUCUUCAGUGUAUUAUUUGAGGACCUGAUUGUGGCACGAAGCUGUUGUGCGUUCCUGUUCCGAAGAUGGCUGACUGUGAUGUAGGUAACAAUUAUGGUUGUGUAUAUUUAAAUGAUAUAGCUUGGUGUACAUUUUUGUCUUGUAGGGUUAUCACUAGAAUUGUACAGGUUCAUCCAGUCCUUGUCUUCUGUGUUCUGUCCUCUUGUGUAGUUGCAGGAACACUAAAUGUUUAUCAAACUGGAACUAGUCCAGUCUGUUGACAGCUAAAUCAAGGAUGAGAAUCAAAUGUUUAUUGGUUAUUUUGUUUUCUAUCUUUGAAAAAUUUCAGUGUCGGUCUAUUUCGUGCUCUGUGUAACAGUUCAUUCAUAUUUUGUAAUGACGUAAUAAUUUGUGCUUAGUGAAGACAGUUCACUGUGCAGAUCACACACUAGUUUUUUACUUCACAGUUUCACUUAUAAAUAUACUAGAUGCUUAUUUUGCCAACUUGGUCCAUCUACAGGAACAAAAUACUGAAAUCCUUGAAAUUCUGAAAUGAUCCACUUGUUAAUAUUACACAACCUAACAGCUGAGUUGAUAUUAUAGUCAACGAAAUAUGAUUUGACCACACAUUAACAUGUCCAGAAACAAUUACAUUUUCACUGAAACCCUUGAAAGAGUGAAAUAUUUUUGUAGUAUGUUAAAAUGUUGAGAUUAUGAGGAGCCAGUGGUGGUGGUUUGCGAUGCUUGUGCAAAUUAGUACAGAAAAGAUGCUCAAUCCUAUAGGAAACUAGUCCUUACAUCUUUAAGAACUAUGGCAAUACAGUUAUUGUAUGUGAAUGAUCAUGUGUAGCUAUAAUGAAAUUACCAGUCCAGUGUGUACCAACAUGUCUGUGUAUUAUUCCGAUGUGGAACAUUCAUGUAUGUGAUUGCCAGAUAAUUAUGUCACUUGAUUGAAUAAAACACUUUGAAUUGAU